AUGGUUCUAACCGAGACCUACCCGGCUAAGGGUACCAAAGAUUGCCUGCUCCCAUUCAAUACACUUACACGGGAUAAGAUCCCAGAUAAAAUUAGCCCGGAGUUAGAACAGUUAGUGGCACCGCAUGUGCAGUCGUUCAACUUCUUCCUGAGUGAUGGCUUGGACUUGGCUGUGGCUGAUCUAGAAUGCGAGGAGGUGGUAGACGACGCCGGUCGCGUGCUGAAGAUGUGGAUUAGUGAGUGUGAAGUAGGCUAUCCUCGCAUAAACGAGCGUGCACAGACCAACACACACACUAUGUACCCCACAGAGUGUCGUGAGCGUGGUGUGAGUUAUAAGGCGGCUAUGUUUGCACAGAUCAACUUCUCGCUGGAUGACGAGAUAGUUUUCUCUGAGCGACGCAGUAUGGGGCAAGUCCCUAUUAUGGUCAAGUCGGAGAAGUGUAAUAUUGCGGAUCUGCAACCCAGAGAGCUCAUACGCCGCCGAGAAGAGCCCGAGGAACUGGGGGGGUACUUCAUCAUCAACGGACUGGAGAAGAUCAUCCGUCUGCUCAUUCUGCCCCGUCGCAACUACCUGACCGGGGUUCAGAGAGGUGCGUACAAGAACAGGGGCAGCCUAUACACCACGUGGGGUGUGCAGAUACGCUGUGUGCGAGACGACCAGAGCGCUCUGACCAACGUUAUCCACUACCUGACCAACGGCAGCUGCACCUUCAAGUUUAACUACCGCAAACAGGAGUUUCUGGUGCCGUGUGUGGUGAUUAUGAAGGCGUUACUAGACACCUCUGACCGUGAGAUAUACAACUCCAUCAACCCGGGGGGGGAGGAUCCGUUUGUGGGGGAUCGUGUGGAGGCUAUGCUUAGAGAUACCACGGACAGGGGUUUGUUCACCCAGGAGCAGUGUCUGGCACAUCUUGGCUCGUUGUUUAGACUGGCGAUUGGCAUGCCGGAUCGACUCACCAAUGCGGAGUGUGGACAACGUGUGUUGGACCGGCUCGUCUUUGUCCAUCUCGAGGAUCCGCGCGACAAGUUCAAUCUCAUGGUCGCAGCCAUUCAGAAGAUGUACUCUCUCGUGAGCGGAGAGUGUCAGGUUGACAACCCUGACGCCCCCUCCAUGCAGGAGGUGAUGUUGCCAGGGCACUUUGUUAACAUGUUUGUCAAGGAGAAGAUGCAGGAGUGGACGGCCAUGUGUAAAACACUCAUUGAGAACCAUAUCAGGCGGAAUGGCGACUACAACUUUAGUGACGGCGCUUUCUUCAGCAAAAUCCUAACCAAGAAUGUUGUCGAUAUCGGGCGCAAAGUUGAGUACAUGCUGGCUACGGGAAAUCUUCUGUCUGUGUCUGGUCUGGAUAUGCAGCAGGCGUCUGGGUUGGCUAUCAUGGCUGACAAACUGAACUUCUACCGAUACAUCUCUCACUUCAGGUGCAUUCAUAGAGGUGCCUUCUUCUCCGAAAUGAAGACCACAGCGGUCCGAAAACUGUUGCCCGAGGCGUGGGGCUAUCUGUGCCCUGUACACACCCCCGAUGGAGCACCGUGUGGAUUGCUGAACCAUCUAAGUCACACGUGUGAGGUGGUCAAUGAGUUGCAUGACACAGGUGGCUUGCCUGAGCUGCUGGUGUCUCUUGGCUGUACACGGGUGUUAUACUACCCCCCAGCCUACUACAGCGUCUUCCUCGACGGCCGUGUCGUGGGCAAAUGCGUACCGCAACUCGCACAGAAGGUGGCGGAUAAGCUACGUUACAUGAAGGUUAUGAACAAGGAGAUGGUACCCAGAACCCUGGAGAUCACACUCAUUGAACGCACAAAGGGUGGCUUGUUCCCUGGGUUAUAUAUGUUUGCGUCACCCGCACGGAUGGUAAGGCCGGUGCAGUAUCUGCGAACGGGCAAUAACGAGAUGCUGGGGUCAUUCGAGCAGGUAUUCCUUAACGUCGCCUGUCUGCCCGAGGAUGUACAUCAAGGCCUGACCACCCAUCAAGAACACCACCCCACACACAUCAUGUCAAUGGUAGCGAACAUGACGCCCUUCAGCGACCACAACCAGUCUCCGCGUAAUAUGUACCAGUGCCAAAUGGGCAAACAGACCAUGGGUACCCCCAUGGCUGCCUAUCCGUACCGAACUGAUAAUAAGCUGUAUCGUAUCCGCACGCCCCAGGCCCCAAUUGUCAGAAACGCGCUGUACAACCACUACAAACUGGACAACUAUCCGUUGGGAGCGAAUGCUGUGGUUGCGGUCAUUUCUUACACCGGAUAUGAUAUGGAAGACGCCAUGAUUCUCAACAAGGCCAGCGAGGACAGGGGAUUUGCCCACGGAACAGUCUACAAGACGAAGGUAAUCGACUUGACGAAGGAAAAGAGACCUGGUGAAACAAUUUCGCACAGAUUUGGCAUUUCAGAUAAAGAUCUCUUGAGGUUUGAAGGACGUAUUGAUGAGGAUGGUUUCCCACCAAUUGGUACCUUUCUGCAAGCGGGCGAUCCGAUAUACUCGUAUCUGGACACAUUCACAAACCAAUCCAAGGUCAUCCUGUACAAAGACAACGAGGACUGUUUCAUCGACGACAUCCGCAUUGUGGGCAAUGACACUGGCACAGAAGAGGGCCAAAAGGCCCUAAUGAAGCUGCGGGUGGUCCGAAACCCGAUAAUUGGGGACAAGUUCUCCUCCCGGCACGGGCAGAAGGGUGUGUGUAGUAAGAAGUACGGGUCAGAGGACAUGCCGUUUACCGAGGGAGGCAUGCAGCCGGAUAUCAUCAUCAACCCUCACGCCUUCCCGUCGCGAAUGACUAUUG